GGUCUCACUGAACCCCGUACUCCCAUGUGAGUAUCUUUGAGCGAAUAGCCAACCAACAGGCUUCCACACUGCCAGUGGUCUGCAGCUGCUGCUACUACUGCCCUAUCAAUGGCGAUCUCCGAGAACGAUCAGAGACCAAAGCCUAGCAGUCUGCGAUCUAUUAUCGCAGGCUCUACUGCCGGUGCAGUCGAAAUUGCAAUUACCUAUCCAGCUGAAUUUGCGAAAACCCGAUCCCAGCUCAACCGCAGGUUACCCGAUGCUAAGAAACUGCCAUGGCCGCCGUUUGGGAAACAAUGGUAUGCUGGAUGCACGACCUUGAUUAUAGGAAACUCUCUGAAGGCGGGAAUUCGUUUUGUCGCUUUCGACUGGUUGAAAUCGACAUUGCAGGAUGAGAAUGGCCAUAUUUCUGGACCUAGGACUGUUAUCGCAGGCUUUGGAGCCGGGUUCACGGAGUCUCUGCUGGCAGUUACUCCAUUCGAGAGCAUUAAAACGCAAUUAAUAGAUGAUCGCAAAUCGCAGAACCCUCGCAUGCGUGGGUUUUUGCACGGCAGUAAGAUUAUCUUUCAAGAACGGGGCGUUCGGGGCUUCUUCCAGGGCUUUGUCCCUACUACUGCGCGACAGGCUGCCAACUCGGCAGUGCGGUUUUCGAGCUACACAAUGUUGAAGCAAUUAGCCCAGGGUCAGGUCGCUCCAGGCGAGAAGUUGGGAACCGCGAGCACAUUUGCUCUUGGGGGCAUUGCAGGUCUUAUCACUGUUUAUGUUACGCAGCCUCUUGAUACUGUCAAGACAAGAAUGCAAUCGCUAGAAGCCAGCAAGAACUACAAGAACAGCUUUGUCUGCGCAGCACGGAUAUUCAAGGACGAGGGGGUCUUGACCUUCUGGUCUGGAGCUGUCCCACGACUCGCGAGGUUGAUAAUGAGCGGAGGCAUAGUGUUCACCAUGUACGAGAAGACAAUGGAUGCCUUGGAUACAUUUGAUCCCGAAAGGAGAUACAUCUGAAGGUCGAAAACUGUAGGCAGUGGAUGCCGAACAUCAUGAAGAGCUUUUUUUUUAACUUGUCGAAAUGCAUAGUAUAAAGUUAUUGAAUCAUAUUAGAUGGACGUAUCUACAGGAUACUGGUG